UUAUUACCUUCAACUUUUUCAAUCAGUGGUAGAUUGAGCAUGGCUAAAAUGGACGGAAGCGUGGCGGCAACGGUGGUUUUCGACUUCGAUCGAACCAUAAUCGACGAUGACAGUGACAGAUGGAUCAUCACUGAGUUGGGUCUCACCCACCUAUUCAACCAACUUCGCCACACCAUGCCUUGGACCUCUCUCAUGGAUAGGAUCAUGGAGGAGCUCCACUUGCACGGAAUCACCGUCGAUCACAUUGCAGAGUGCCUCAAAAGAACCCCCUUGCAUCCCAACAUUGUUUCAGCCAUCAAAUCUGCACACGCUCUCGGGUGCGACUUGAGGAUAAUUAGUGACGCAAAUAUGUUUUCAAUUCGUACCAUUCUGGAACACCAUGGUUUAUUAGGUUGCUUUUCGCAGAUUAAUACAAACCCUGGUUUUGUAGAUAAUGAAGGACGUCUUCGUGUCACUCCCUUUCAUGAUUCAACCUUGUCUCCUCAUGCUUGUUCUCUCUGCCCUCCCAAUAUGUGCAAGGGUUUAGUGAUAGACCAAAUUCGAGGUUCUUCUCCUGGAAAUGAAAGAAAAUUGAUCUACCUUGGAGAUGGAACAGGUGAUUAUUGCCCAACUUUGAGGCUGAAGGGAGGUGAUUUUGUGAUGCCAAGGAAAAAUUAUCCUCUCUGGAACAGGAUUCAAAGUGACCCAAAAUUAGUUGCUGCAGAAGUUCAUGAUUGGAGCAAUGGGGAGGAGUUUGAGAGCAUUCUACUCAACCUUAUCAACAAAAUAACCCCCACCACUACUGGGUAGGAUAGAUACUCACACCCUUCUCCUUCCUCUGUCUCUCUUCUACAAUUGCAGCAUUUUUUCUAAUGGUUGAAAAUAAUUUUUAUGACUUUUGACAGAAGAUAUUCUUCUAAAAACUAAAACUGUGAGUUUGACCAGUUUCUGGAACCAGUUUGGUGCUUGAUCAUUAAUUUAAAGAAAAAAAAAAAAAAAGCUCAUCUGAAAACUAGCUAUAA